GGUGUACCCGGCAUUCAAAGUUUCACCGUCAACAACAUUGACGUGGUGGACUUUCCAAAGCAACCUUUGCUUGUCAGACGUGAAAGCAGAGUCCACUUGGAAUGCACUGUAAAUGUACACGCUACCAAGAACUUCACACUGCGUAUAAGAAAUCUAUCUGGAAAGGUUCUGGUGGAAAGUUUCAAUACAAAGACUGUCAAGUACGCGAUUGAAGAUUUUCAAUGCCGUCAUCUGGGGACCUAUAUCUGUGAAGUGGGAUACGCUUCAGAUCAAGUUACCUCGGCCACAACGGAUUUAGCUACUGAAUCAUGUGAGUAGUAGUUUUGAUUAUAGAUGCUGGACAAUGCAGUGGCUUGUUCUUAGUGUUUUUACCUUCGUGCAUUAGCGCUGUAUAUAAUGGUACGGUUGUUUAUAAGAUUAAUGUAUUAUCUACUGUAUAAAGCUCGGUAUGACCAUAUGUGUGUAUGCAUGUAUGUCUGUCUGUCUGUCUGUAUUUAUGUAUGUAUGUAUGAAUGUGUAUGUAUGUAUGUAUGUUAUGUAUGUAUGUAUAUAUGUAUGUAUGUAUAUAUGUAUGUAUGUAUUUAUGUAUUUAUGUUUGUAUGUAUGUAUUUAUGUAUUUAUGUACGAACGUAUGUAUGUAUGCAAUUUAUGUAUGUAUGUAUGUAUGUAUGUAUGUAUGUAUGUAUGUAUGUAUGUAUGUAUGUAUGUAUGUAUGUAUGUAUGUAUGUAUGUAUGUAUGUAUGUAUGUAUGUAUGUAUGUAUGUAUGUAUGUAUGUAUGUAUGUAUGUAUGUAAGUAUGUAUGUAUGUAUGUAUGUAUGUAUGUAUGUAUGUAUGUAUGUAUGUAUGUAUGUAUGUAUGUAUGUUUGUAUGUAGGUAUGUAUGUAUGUAUGUAAUUUAUGUAUGUAUGUAAUUUAUGUAUGUAUGUUUAUAUGUAUGUAAUAUAUGUAUGUAUGCAUGCAUGUAAUUUAUGUAUGUAUGCAUGCAUUUACUUUAUGUAUGUAUUUAUGUAUGUAAUUUAUGUAUGUAUGUAUUUAUGUAUGUAAUUUAUGUAUGUAUGUAUGUAUGUAAUGUAUGCAUGUAUGUGUGUAAUUUAUGUAUGUAUAUAUGUAUGUAUGUGUGUAAUUUAUGUAUGUAUGUAAUUUAUGUAUGUAGGUAUGUAUGUUUGUAAUUUAUGUAUUCAUGUAUGUAAUUUAUUUAUGUAUUUAUGUAUGUAUGUAAUUUAUGUAAAUAUUUAUGUAUGAAUGUAAUUUAUGAAAGUAUUUAUGUAUGUAUGUAAUGUAUGUAUGUAUGCAAUUUAUGUAUGUAUUUAUGUAUGAAUGUAAUUUUCGUAAGCAUUCAUGUAUAAAUGUAAUUUAUGUAUUUAUGUAAUUUAGGUAUGUAUGUGGCUUAACUGGAAUUACCAACUUUUUGAAACGAUGAUGAAAAACGAUUUUGCUGCUGAAGUCACAACAUAUAAAGUGUACAUUAUUAUCGAUAUGAUUUUACAAAUGCUAUCAAAAUCUUUCUAGGACGUCUUCAUUGUAACUUAUGGAUGCAUGCAAGUAAUGUCAUUUAUAUAUAUAAUUUUUUAUAAAAUAACUCGAGUUAAUUCUUUUUCAGGAGAUAAUUUUACAUUUUGUUUAGUUCUGAAGCGAAGUGUUCGACAUUAAAUUACUGUUUUUGGCUCUAAAUUACUGUUUCUUUUGAUAAGAUUUUGCUGUUUUUUUUCGAAUGAAAACCCCAGCAACACCUGGUAUAAUAAAUAGUAUUUAAUUUUUCACAAAGUAGUUUUUUUUUUUGAUUGUCAUUGAAUAGAAAUUGAGUAGUUUUGCAAGGUUAGAUCAAAUACUAGAUUUUUUUCCAUAUACAUUUUACAACUAUUGUUACUUCUCGUCGUAUAAAUCCAAGUUUCCAUUAUUUUAAAAUUCAUUUAAGGAAGUGCUGGAAUAUUCUUUCCGCUGUAUUGAAGCAUCAAUUGAAAUGACGAGUUUUAGUCAUUCCCCACGUUAUUCCCAAUGAUACAGUAAUGUUUUGUUGCUGUUGUAUUUUACUUUUUACAAAAGUCUGUGUUUGGUUGUUUGUUUUAUGUUAUGUUUUAUGAUUAGUCUUACAUUUGCACCUUUACAAACACACAUACACACACACAUAGACACAUACACAUAUUCUACUUCCCGAGUGGAUCUUGUUCACACGGCUUUCAUUGUGCACCGUGAUGCGCUCUCAUUCGCUCAUUUCAAAAUCACAGGCUGCAAACGCACCUUCUGAUAUUAGUUUUAUUUAGUAUGCACCACUCUACGUAUUUUAAAAGCGUAUGUUGGUUGUGUAGUCGAAGCUAGAAAUAUUUUCCUUUUCCAUAAAUAUCUACAUAUCAUGGUACGAUUAUUGAAAGCUCUAUCCCCGUUAUCAUUUUGCUAAUUAAUUUUUUUUCUUCAUAUCUCACAGGCCCUCCAGUUUUAUUCAGUGAACAUGAGUCAGGUAAAACAGUCGUAUCACCCAUAAGCUCAAACCAAACCGUGACCUUCUCCGUCCUCGCCUACAUAACUAUACAACCUACGAUAUUCAUACAGAAUACAACUCUUCGUAAUGGUGGUUUCAGCGACAAGUAUGGCUUUCAGAUGGUCACAAACACGAACUCAUCGGUGCUGCUUACAAUGGUCAUCUCAAUCAGCAAUGUAUCUGCCAGCGACUACGGUCGUCUGAAUGUUCAACUUUACACGGGCUCAGACACGUUGUUUAAUGUGCAUUUCAUCAUUAAGCCAGAAGGUAAUUGUAUUGUAUUGAAACUACGAAAUAUAUGAAAUGCAUGUUAUGUCUAAAACGGGAUUACUUUUUUAAAUGUGUUUGAAUAUAUAUUUAUUACCAAAUUGUAUGUCAUUUAAAUCAGUGUUUCCCGAAUGAUGGCUGUCGCUGGUACCGUCAGACGAGAGCGACAUACAGGGUUUCUAAGCAUAGAAAAAUGAUAUGUUUAUAUUAAAUUGAUGGAGUGUGCGUGUUUGGGGGGGGUGUGGGGGGGGGGGCUGAGCUUGUGUGCGUUUUUUGUUUGUUUACGUCUCCUUUCCACUUCAGGUCAGUCAAGAUACAGAGAGAAAUGUGAGAAUGAAGUUAUAUUAAAUUGAUGGAGUGUGCGUGUUUGGGGGGGGGUGUGGGGGGGGGGCUGAGCUUGUGUGCGUUUUUUGUUUGUUUACGUCUCCUUUCCACUUCAGGUCAGUCAAGAUACAGAGAGAAAUGUGAGAAUGAAGUAAGAGAAUAUGGAGUCACUUGAGCACUGGAUGACCAUAACAAUCUCAAAUUUAACAAUGAAAAGACCGAUCAGUUCCCAAUCGCUAACGUUUAAAAGCGAAAAUCUGUAGUUAACACAUCAUCGCUUACUCUCUUAGAGGGUGCGAUUGAGUAUGGUCAAACAGUGCGAAACAUGGGUGUCUACUUAGACAGAACACUAAGAUGGAAAAACACAUUAACAUGCUUUGCAAUGUGAUUUUUCUAGAACUGCGCAGAAUUAGCCAUAUCAGACCUUCAUUAAGGUUUGCAUUAAAAAAGCUGAUGUCUGUAUUCGUACUAUGACGCAUGGACUACUGCAGUGCUCUCAAGCUAAAAUGUAGUUUAAUGCAAUUAAAUACCAUAAUUUACACAAGCCAAAGUGAAUAAGUCCUUCAUGUUAAAAGAUUUUAAUGUCUUUUUGAGAAAAUUAUCAGUAUUUUCUGAAAUUUAAACAUUUCAACAGUAGUUAUGGAUUUAAGCGCUAUACUAAGAAAAUGUAUUUGUAAUCAAACCUGUUUGGUUUUACACAUUGGCUAUUUUAAAUGAUAAAAUGUUAAAUACUCUUUUAUGGGCUGAGCUUAAGCUCCUAUAUCCCUAACAAUUUUAUCCGCGGCUUAUCUCAUCUGAUGGACAUAGCCGUACAUCAAAUAGUCCAAGUACAUGUUUCUGUGUUAAGACCUUCUGCACCACGCCCAACAAGGCUCCCGGGGCAACCGAUCACCAGGUGAUGCACGGUUUCCUCGGCAUGGCCACAUAGUCUGAACUUGAGCUACGUUCUCUAAAGAUGUUUACCAGGCGCGUUGGUUCGGAUUCAAGCGUUCUUUGGACUUCCUCCCUUAGUUCUGGUCGGCUUUCGUGACCUCAAUAUUGCCAGAGCUGGACGUAUUUCAGGUAGCAUAACGCUUUCGUGGGGUUAUCGUGCCUGGAUCGUCCUCACAUUUGUCCUGCGUUUGGUUUAAGGAUAGAUCCACCGCUAGAUUCUAGAUCAUUGACCACUUCCAUGAAUCAGGGUCACUUCAUUCAUGAAUUCUUAAUCUACCUGUGUUGUAUCUGAAAGCAGGAUUCCCGUCUGUACAUGCGCCGGUACGCUUUGCUCAGGGUUGUACUUUACACAUUUAAUAUAAUUUAUACUAUUUUACAACAAAUUUAGAAUCAAGAUUCACUCAAACUUAUGAUACAAUUUAAAAUACAAUUUUUAAGCAUUUUUUUUAAAUCCAUGAACAACAGGAUUAUUACGUAAUAUAUGUUUCAUUUUAUCCAUCAACGCCUCAUGCUAAAAAAAUGCCUGUUAUUUAUGUAAAAUAAUACAUUUGUAUAUUCACUUUAUUGUUCAGGAAAAUCCUCCGAUGUCAAGUUCAUCUCUCUCAAACACAAAGACGAACCUGGUGUAACAUUAAAUUGUAGUGCCGUAGGAUACCCACAGUCUGUUGUCAUUGGAAGAAGAUAUUACAAAGAGACGAUGAGUACUUAUUCAUCAAAAGGACUGAUACACAUUAUCAAUUUACUUCACAUUUCAAUCGAUGUUGGAUGUUCAUUCAUGGCAACAUAUGUGUGCAAUGUUACAACUUUUGAAGGAUUGAUUGUCAGUGAACUGUUGGAUGUAACAAUGGAAGAUUGUAAGUCAUUAAAAUGUAAACGUUAUUAAUAUUAUUUGUGAUUCAUAAGUUCGUGGUGGGUGAAUUACCUGCCGUAAUGGACCAAUUGUUGCGUUCUUUUUGGCUGCCUCUAGCGAAGUAACGUCAGUGUAUAUCAAGGGAUGGUGUUUUUUUGUGUGGAAUAUAUGUGGUUGAAAAGUUUCUUUUUCAUUAAAAAAAUAAUAUUUUUUUUUUUUUACUCUUAAUAGUUUUGUUAACAAAGACAUAAUUUAAAUAAUGUUUUUUUUAAACAUUUUAAAAUAAAAUCGAACAGAACAGUUGUUGUUACACUUUCUACAACUUUUUUUUAUUUCUCACUUUUUCUAUCUUAUAGGUAACCCAUCACUAUGUGACCAUCAACGUAAUAACCAGACCACUUUGCUAAACACCGGAGAGACGGCUGUCAUCUCUUUUUGUGUGGUCGCCCAUCCUACGCUGUCAAACAUUGCAGACGUAAAACUCUUCCACUCGUCCAAAUGCAGCGGACACACUAAUUGCCCAAUUCCUUUAUACAGUGUGGACAUCGGUCAAACGGAUUCAAAGAUGUACAGUAACAUAACUUUGAAAAUAAGCAAUAUCACGAGUCAGGAUUUUGGAUGUUAUGACGUCACAAUUAGAAAAGCAAAAAAUUUUGUUUUUAAUUUUUGUCUGUUCCAGCUCAAGGAAAGUAAGAGCACACAAUCAACCAAUACUUUUAGGGUCGAUUUGGUAACCCAACUUUUCUAAAACCGUAUAAUUUUCAAAGACCUUUAAAAUUAUAAUCUUUUAUCUUUUAUCUCUUCUUUCUAGGCUAGAAUGGUAUUUUCUGUUUUAUAAUUUAUAUUUAUAGAUAUACAGUUAUUCAUUAUUUCGUUUGCCUGCGAAAUGAAAUUGCUUGACUCUUCAAAAUUUCUUUUGAAAGCAUCUUCAUCAGUAAAAUAAAUUUCGUUUAUGUGAUGAAGAAUUACGUAUUAUAGAUUUUCCUCAGAAAAAUAUCCACAAAUUGUAUUAAUUUUUAAUUAAUUUUCACUUCAAUUUAGGACGUAAAAGAAUGAAGAUCACGAACGCCAUGAAUUAUAAUUAUUUCUUUUAAAGAUACUUAGAAAUACAAAAUUGUUAAUAAUGAUAAUAUAUUUUAAUCGAAUUACUAUACUUACGCAAUUUUUAAUAGGUUGUUUUUAAUCAUUUAUUAAUUUAAUUAAUGUUUUAUUGAUUUAUGUAAUUAUCUUCAUUUUUGUUUAAAUAUAAAAUAUCUAUUGUUUAGGUGGACAUCUUGUAGUGUGUGAUGGGUUUCAACUACACACAACUGUGAGUGCUGAUCUCAAAGCAAACGUCACUGUUCAUCUUUGUGUCAAUUCAAACAUUGAUUUGGGAACUCAUAUUGGAAUCGACAAGGAAGCAUAUCUCUUUCAAAACAGCAAUCCAGGCCUGGGCACGUCACGACCGGACACUGAAAACAAUGACACAAUGGUGAUCGAUGAACUUCACAAACAGGACAGUCCCCGUGCCUGUGGGAAGCCCCAACGGGACACAAGUGAUUAUCUGACUGUGUCUUUUGAACGAAAAAAGUUCAAUUAUUUCAUAGACAUAAAUCUAUUUCACUUGAACGAGACGGAUUUCAGAGCGUAUAAAGUCAAGCUGAGGCCGAAUUUAACAGUAGAGCUGAAUUUAAUGUUCGCAGUACUGCUAGCCAAAAGUAAGUUAACAUUUGUACAUUUUUGUUUUGAGAGUACAAUGAUAUAUUAUACUUGAUAUAACUCAUAUGAUUCAGUGUGAUAAAAUAAAAAAAUAAAGAAAAUAAAAAAAGUGCGUUUUCCGAUAUUUCAUACUAGUUAAUUUACCCGGCCAUUCACGGGUUUGUACUUUGGCCCAAAAAAAUAAAUUUCGUCAACGCUUCCCCUCCAUUCUUUUCUUCAGAGCACAGUUUAACACUCUAGCGUAACCUUUUGAUUUUCCGGUGUUAGUAACACUAUUGAUAUAUUUACUUUUGUUUUCUUUCAUUUAAUAAGCGUAUACUGAAUGUACACCAUGUGCAUAUUUAAAUUAAAAAAGUGUAAUAUCGAUUGAUAUAGUUCCGUGUGUAACACAUGAUGCCCUUUUAGAAAUUUCUGUCCUCAUAAACUGUAACAGCCCAUUCAGUGACGCAGUUUGACCCAAUACGGUUUUGAAGUUAAAUAAACAACUUAUUAUCCUCCCUGACUCGAUCAUAUCUACUAAGAAAAACGGUUCAUGAAACUUAAUAAACGAACACCCAUGACUGUAAACCCAAAGGUGCACCAGAGUUUAUUUACGCACAACCCUGAAUUGUGUGACGAUUUUAAUGUUUGAUUUUGUUGUUGUUGUUGAAAGAACAAAUAAUAAAACUUGACGUAAAAUGCUUGCAUAAAAAUCCCUCUAAAACUUUUGUUUAUUAGAUGUUUAGAAAAUAUACGAUUCUGAAAAACGGAUUUUAAAUUGUGGACAUUAAAAAAAGAAGUUAUGUUUAACGUCCAUAGAAGACAUUUGAAACUAAUUUUGUAUUCCAUCUAAACAAGAUCAAUUAAAAUAUUUUUUUUUCAAAAUACAUUUUUUGUGAAAAGGGGAUGUUGGCCAAAAUUUUCAGGAACGAUCUAUAGGUCACUAAGGUUUGAUUCAUUUAAACUUGGUUGCGAUCAAUUUUUUAUUUUCCUCGUGUUUGUGUGACUUUUAAAAACUUUAAAACACAGUUAAACUGAGUUAUAUUAUGUAUAGUAUGUGUUUUAUUACAUAUAAUUUCAUGACCUGUCACCCUACAAUCCCAAAGCGCUCAUGUCGCCUUAUGUAAUCACUAGAUACUCCCUUCAUCCGAUAGUGGCAAAUUUUGCAUACCACGAUUCCGCUCUGAUAGCUACGGAAUGCACACUUUCGCAUUUGCUGGCCCAAGAAUCUGGAACGGCCUUCCAGUCGGUCUCAGAAACAGCCAGACACUGCAUUCUUUCAAAACUAAGUUGAAAACACAUAUUUUUUCGCACCCAACUUCUGGGUUGAUGUAGUCAACAUUCUUGUUUCCACCUUGUUUAUUUUCCACGAAGUAGAUUUUGAAUUGUGUCGUUUUGUAUUUUAUUUGUCGAAAAAUAUAAAUUGUCAUAAUAUAUGGUGGACUUUGUACUUCGCUUCGAGCCUGAAUCAGGGAUGAAGCGUGUUUUUUAAAAUUAAAUUCAUUAUUCUUGUUGUACAAUUUGUUUGUCAUAUGUUUCAACUCGAGGGUCUCCCUUCUAUGAUUAUUACAUGGCUUUUUACAGAACCACCUACUCUUUGCAAAGGACAGGAUUCAGAAAUUAUUUUUGCACAGAUGAACGAUGACGUCACUGCUGACUUUUGCAUUGAAGCUACUACUAGACUUGACGAAAAUGUGAAUAUUAAUGGCGUAACCUUUCAACCCGGAAGUGUUCAUAACAAAAUCGAUGUGAGUUUAGUUGACGGAACUUGGCCAAAAGUCAUCUUAAAAAUAACAAUAAAGAAUGUAACAUCCUUAGAUUUUAAGAUGUAUGACGUCACACUGAGUUCAGCGGGUGUCAAGCAGAGGAGACAAUUGAGUUUUGUUUUAAUAGAAAGAACAUUUAUAAAAGGUAAGGCUACACGUAAUGAAAUGUAUUUACUUUGAGGUAUACAAACUACUAAAAUGAAGUAAUUUCCAACAAAAAAAUACAUUAAAAAAAAUAAUAAUAAACGAAGUCGGUACAGCUUAUUGUAAGAUCUAUUAAUGUUAAGAUCCGAUAUGACAAGAUAUCCAUUUUCAUUGAUCACAUAAAAGAAAAUUAAUUUUCUAUGUAAUAUUUUGAGUAUAUAUUGUUUUGAGUCUUGAAAGUCUUCGUCUCAGUUCUUGAUGCUACUUAAAAUUGAUGUGUAAGACUGUAGCAAGCUGUUCGAUUGAAUCACCGUGUGGUUAGAUUAAUUGUCAGUGUAUAGGUUCUUGAGCGUAAGUUUGCAUUUUGAACAGAGCAAGUGUUAUUCCCCAAAGAUCAUUGCGAAGUUGAACAUAAUAUUAUCGGCAAGCCAUCGCUUGCAUUGAGGAAGAGCAGCGUAUUAUAGGCUAAAAUUAUAUUAAUUACUUUCUGAACCAUACUAGUUACAUAAUAAAAAUAUUACAAACCCUAUAUUUCAAAAUGCAACACAACAUUAUCAAAUCAAACAACACGUAACAAGUUCACCAACGAAAAAAAAAAAAAAAAAUUCGCGAAAACUUAUAGCGUCUGCAUACAAAACUACACACUCAAUCGAACCGCUUUUACUGCUACGCCCCGAAAGUAUUGCAGUUUUUUGUUAACUAAGACGCUGUAUAAUCUUGAUUUCAGACCUCGUAUAAUAUAAAAUAAUUACACAAUUAUCCUCUCCAGAUGAGCCAACACAAUCCUAUUUUAUAGCCAACGGUGUUCAAAUUCAAACGUCUCUGGAAACACGAAUAACUUUAACCAAAGGACGACCAGGCUUCCUCGAGUGUGCCAUAAAACCAGGGCUUGGGUACUUCAACAAAACUGUAACCAUCCUGGACGAGAAGGACGGCGUGCUGAAUACGACCAAAGAUAAUCCGGUCCAGGUUUAUUUUCCAAGCUUGGCUUGUGACAACGCCGGUGUCUAUUACUGUGUCGUGGACGAUGUUGAUUCACAGAGCGUGGGGAACAUAUCGAUGACAUUAGUUGUCAGUAACUGUGAGUAUCCAAACUUGUUUUGUUUUAGACAUGAAAUUGUUGAUAUCUGUUACGGGAAAGUGUAAUGAUGAUAUAUAUAGUUAUAUUUGUUUUGUCCUUUUAAAUAUUUGAUUUGUGGAUUUAGGAGAAUAUUGAAGGUCUGAAAGCAAUGGAUUUAAUCUCUUCAAAUCAGGUGAUUUUCAAAUAUUGGGAGACAAAAAAGUGGAGGCCGCGGUCUCUAUUUAAGUGUUGUCAGUUUGCAUGUGGUCAAUUAGCACGUGGGCAUUCCGCACGUGGUCAGUUGGCAUGUGGUCUGUUAUCUUGUGGUCAUUUGACAUGUAGUCAAUUGGCACAGGUCAGUUGGCACGUGUUCAUUUGACUUGUGGUCAGUUCGCACUCUCUCGGCACGUUUUUAUUUGGAAUGUGGUCAUUUGGCAUAAGGUUAGUUGCCCAGUGAAAUCAUGACUUUAGAUUGCAUUCAAUUUCAUCGUGUCUUUCGCAAAGAUGCUUACAUCCACUCAUUAUAAAUAACGAGGAAUAUUAAUUGUAUUUUAUAAUGUUACCUUUUGCGUUCACAGUACCGCCUAUGAAAUGUUUCAAAUUUUCAGUCAAAUAAACUUUAUGUAAUUGAAUGUCAAAUUUAUAUACAAUUAAGAUGUAAUACCGUGCGUAGGAUACCCAUGAAAUGUCGACGUAUAUGUUGAGCUUCAAUAUUUCUUCAAUUUUUUUAAUAUUUUUAAAUAGAUGUGACGAUAUAUGGAUUGGAUUUUAUUUAAUAUUUAUUAUAUUGUAUGCAUUUUGUUACAGGUUUCUACGUAAUAUGCCCCCACGAUUCAAACAGGAAAACAGUGUCUGCAAUGUUAGGGGAGACCAUUUCAAUAUCAUUUUGUGUUUCCUUCUUGUACGACAAGAGGAUUUUGCCAAACGUCAUUUAUAACAGUACGUCACGUUUUCGAAACCAACCAGAAUAUUCUUACGACUGGGUGUUCAAUGGCGUCCAUGGACACGAAAACAAUCUGUCACUUACAAUUUAUAACAUAACAAAAGAUUACAUUGAUGAGCACGACUUUAUAGUUACUACAACAAAUGCAGAUUCAUUGAAUUUGAAAAUUGAUAUCGUCAUUAUGGGUAAGUUAAGAGAAAAAAAAUAUAACUAGACGUAUUUUUUAUCUUUAAUUUAACUGGCAAUAAUUAAUUACUCAUUAUUCAUCUAAAUUUAUCAAUAAAUAACUAUAUAAUGCACAGUCUAGUUCAGUUCCUUACAAAUGUGUUUGUCCUUUUAAAUAUUUGAUUUGUGGAUUGAGGAGAAUAUUGAAGGUCUGACUUCUAUUGCUGCCCACAGAUACUACUUACCAGCUAUGUGCUAUUUCUUAUUUUUAUCUUUAUACCACUUUUACUGUUGUUUUGUUAGCUGACGAAGGCUUUCUGCAGACACGUUCGUUGUUUUGUUGCGUUUAUUUUUGUCAGAUUUAACCCUACUCUGUUUUACUCAUUUUAUCAAAUUUGUUCGUUUUUUUAUUAGAGUAAAAAAAAAUGUACUCACGUUUUUAUUCAAAUCUGAUAUUUGAUUGCCUCCAUUCCAAAAAAGUUUUUUUUUUCUUUUUCAACAUUGUUCUUAGGUUGAUAUGCAGCUCAAUGUGACCCAAAUAAUAGAGAUUAAUUUUGUUGAAGUUAAAAAUUUGAUUAUAAACAAUUGUAAAAGAUAAUGAAUGACUUUGACAUACUGAUAAAUCAUAACAUUUUUUAUUGUGUAUUGUGAUUUUGAUGACAGAUCUCAAUAACAAGACCGGUCGUUUGACAUCACCCAAGAUGAUUAAAAGUAAUUCGAUGUUUUGGAUAGCCAUCCCUGUUGCUUUCGUUCUCAUCAUCAUAGCA